AUGACAAAAGAAGAGAGCAAUGCUCAGCAGAGCACGCAAGAAGACGACGAUGAGCCCGAUGAAUGGGACAAGCGGAUCUUUAGCACUGGAUGCGCGGAUGAGAACGCAAAAAUGACCGACUGCUACUUUGAAAAGAAGGAUUGGCGCGCAUGCGCUGCAGAAAUGGAGCAAUUCAAACAGUGCUGGAAGGCUCAUAACAACGACCAACGUACAGAGACCAAGGACAAUUGA